AUGGCAUUCAAAUCUAAAUAUUCUCUCUUCGCUAUCACUCUCCUCUUCGCACUUUUAACUCUCCUAUCAUAUGCAACUGCUUCCCAUCCCCACAACAAGAGCUCUUCCCCAUUUGAGUUCCUUGACCAUCUCAAAGGUUGCCACAAAGGUGAUAAGGUCAAGGGUAUCAAUGACCUCAAAAAGUAUCUUGAAAAGUUCGGUUACUUGAACUACAAGAACCACAGUCAUUCCGACGACGAUGAAUUUGAUGACCUUUUGGAGGAAGCCGUCAAGACCUACCAGAUCAAUUACCACCUCAAGUCCACCGGAACAUUGGACGGCAAAACAGUGGCGAAGAUGAUGAUGCCUCGUUGCGGUCUGCCGGAUAUCAUCAAUGGCACCUCGUCCAUGCGAUCAGCCAAGAAAAGGCACCACCAUGGUUCUAUCCAUACCACUGCUCACUACGCAUUUCCCGCCGGGAAUCCAAAAUGGCCUUCCUCCAAAUACCAUCUCACUUACGGUUUUCUCCCCGGCACCCCAUCGGAAGCAACGGGGGCUGUUGCACGGGCAUUCGCAACAUGGGCCGGGAACACUCACUUCACCUUCAGCCAGGCUCAAAAUUACGAGAAUGCGGAUUUGAAGAUUGGUUUUGAAAAGGGUGAUCAUGGAGACGGAUCUGCAUUUGAUGGCCCUGGCGGUGUCCUUGCCCAUGCUUUUUACCCGACGGACGGAAGAUUCCACUACGACGCAGAUGAGAAUUGGUCUGUGGGUGCUAAGCCAGGUGCUUUUGACUUGGAGACUCUGGCUUUGCAUGAAAUAGGGCAUCUUCUGGGACUCGAUCAUAGCUCAGUGGAGGGCGCUAUCAUGUCCUCAGGUAUUCCUGCGGGAGUGACACGAGGUUUGCAUGGAGACGAUGUUCAAGGUAUCAAGGCUCUAUACAACGUCUGAGAAUUAACCAGUAGCACUAGCUGGAUCCCCCAUAUUCAUCUUUUAAUUCUUCUUUCCUUUAUCAAAUAAGGUACGUGCGUACCUGAAUUACCGGUGUUGAGAUCUUUCAGAUUAAGAAAUAAUGAAGAGAGUCGUACAUGAACAGCCAGUCCUUUGGAAAUUUUUGGUACAUUUUCUUCUGAUCGAGUUGGGGUUGUGAGUGUGCCUCCCCUUUUGUUUUGAGCAUUUACUUUGUCCUCAAAUUCGUUUGCGUUGGUCAUUUUUU